AUGGAGCAUACCCACUUGAAGAUGGCGUGGAUUCAGCAUCACAUCCACCAAAAAGAUGGGUUUUUGACAUACCCACCACCACCACCUCCUCCUGCCUUGGUUUCUCCGUAUGCAGAUACGGGCUUCCAUAAAGAUUCGGCAGCGCCUUCUCCUCCUUCUACUUCAUCGUCUCCGUCAUCUUCUGGUACGAGAAUCAGCCCUGCUGUGCUGUUCAUUAUAGUGAUACUUGCAGUGCUCUUCUUCAUCUCUGGCUUGCUCCACUUGCUGGUUAGAUUCCUCAUAAAGCACCCAUCUUCCUCGGGGGGUGCUCAGUCCAGUAGGUAUCCUGAAUUGUCUAGCUCAGAUGCUCUUCAAAGGCAGUUGCAGCAGCUUUUUCAUCUCCAUGAUUCGGGUCUGGAUCAAGCUUUUAUAGAUGCACUGCCUGUUUUCCAGUACAAAGAGAUUGUGGGUCUGAAGGAGCCUUUUGAUUGUGCUGUUUGUCUCUGUGAGUUCUCCGAGAAGGACAAGCUGAGGUUGCUUCCCAUGUGUAGUCAUGCUUUCCACAUCUCUUGCAUAGACACAUGGCUGUUGUCGAAUUCUUCGUGCCCUCUGUGUAGGGGAACCCUUUUCAAUCCUGGUUUUGAGAACCCUAUAUUUGAUUAUGAUGAUUUCAGAGAAGAUGAAGGCUGCCAGGGGAGUAAUGUGGGAAAUGGUGUUCCUCCUCCGCAGAAAACUGUGGAGAUUGAGGAAGUUGUUAAAAAAGGCGUCGUGCCUGUUCGGUUGGGCAAAUUCAGGAGGUUAGAUGGUGGUGGUGGUGGUGAUGUGGCAGGUGGAGAAACUAGUAGCAGCAAUUUAGAUGCAAGGCGGUGUUUCUCGAUGGGUUCGUAUCAAUACGUGUUGGCCAAUUCAGAUCUCAGGGUUCCUUUGAGCCAUGAUGAUGGGCAGAGUCUUGGUGUAAAGCUUACUAGAGGAAGGGAAGAGAGUGAGAAUCCUUCCAUUGACAAGGAAUCAAAAGGCAAAAAGAUAACGAGUGUAUCCAAAGGUGAGAGCUACUCUGUUUCCAAGAUUUGGCUCUGGUCCAAGAAGGGCAUGUCUACAGAUGUCAAUAUGGGUAUGCCAUCUUCACUUAGUGAUGAUUUGCCAUGGAUGAAGAAAACACAAGAGAAAUAA